AUGGCAAUGGACGACCCCGCCGCCGCGCUCGCGCAGCUCAAGACCAGCCUCGACGGCCUCGAGGGCGCACUGGCGCCCAUCCUCUCGCAGCCGUGGAACGAGACCCUCGAGGGCACGACGAGCGUCGAGCGCGCCAAGAUGGACGUGCUGCUCGCGUACUCGAUCAACAACCUCGUGUGGAUGUAUCUCCGUACCCGUGGAAUCAAGCCCGAGGAACACGCCGUCUCGGGCGAGCUUGAGCGCCUGCAGGCGUACUACACCAAGGUCCGCGACGUCGAGAACCCACCUCGCCGCACCACCUCGGUGGACAAGGACGCCGCCGCCCGCGUCAUCAAGCACGCCAUCCCGCGCAGCCAGCGCGUGGACACGGAUGCCUCGGCGUCCACCUCCGCCGCGGCGCUGGCGCGCGACCAGGCCAUCGCCGCCACGGACGACAUGAUGAGCCGGCGAUUCCGCUUCGUCGCCACGGGCGGCGAGAAGGUGCUCCCCGGAGGAGGGGCGGCGGCCGCGGCGGCAGCGGGCGGAGAGGAGGCGGACGGCGAUGUGGUCAUGGCCGCGGCUGUGGACAAUGGCGAUGGCGCGCCACGAGGUGGAGCUGGAGCUGGAGCCCAGGCCCAGGCUGAGGCCGAGGCGCUGCUCGCGGACGUGGAUGGCCAGAUUGAGGCGGCGCCGCGCGCGAAGAAGGGCGGCGCGAAGAAGAAGAACAAGAAGAGGAAGCACGUCGAGUGA